AUGGUAAAACAGGAUUUUGAGAGGAAGAAUGCGGACUUGGAGAAAAGGAUAGAGCAAAUGGAGGCGGAAAAGAUGAACUUGAGAUUGGACAUAGACGUUCAGAAGCUUGAGAAUGAGAGGUUGAAGAAAGAGAAAAACAAGGUUGAUGAGGAAAUAGGCAGUCUAAAGACGGAUUAUAAAAAGUUGCGAUUGUCAAUAAGAACUGCUGGGCUGGGAAAGACGUCAGAACAGUGGCGAGUAGAAAUCCAAGAAGAAAAAGGUAAGGCCAAUAGAUGGGAACAGAAAUUCCAGGAGAUGCAAAGACGAAACGAGGCUUUAGAAAAGAGUUUAUUAGAAAGCCAGAAAGAAAAAGGCGAGUUGAAGGAUAGGGUGAUUGUAUUGGAAAGAUCUCUUCGUCAGUAUCGAAGCCGAAAUUCUACGAUAGAGUUAAAAGCUAGCUUGAGCAAGAUUGAAGAAAUGGAGAAAAGAAUUGAAGAGUUAGAGACGGAGCUGCAAAAUUGUGAGAUCCAGAUCAAGCACUUGAAAGUGAACGAGAGUCAUAGUAAUGAACAGCUUCACCAUUUUCAGAAUCAAGUUAGAAGCAGAGAUCAUCUUAUCAAGAAAGCUGUAGUCCAGAUUCGAGAAGUAGCUGACCAUAUACAGACUUUAGCAGUACAAGCUGACACGCUGAGUGUGAAAUAUGAAUCAGAAUCAAAACGAGGGCAAGAAUUGGCUUUGUUACUGAGAAAGAUUAGAGUUCUGGUUGACAAAGGGAAGGGGUUGGUGCUCAACAAUGAAGAAGGAGACAACGAGGGACCGGUUUAUUCCUCAGGACUUACUUCUCAACAAGCGGGGAUAUAUCCGCGCAAAUCCUCCGUUACUAUCAAGCCUUAUGACGAAAAUGCUAUCAGAAGCGGGAAAAUAGAAGCUGGGGAAGGUAGCAGAAGGUCAUCUUCGAAGAGAAAAGAGAAUGAGAAGCUGGUAGAAAGGCUUAUAAGCAUGGGUGUGGUAAAAUUGGAUGAUUCACCCAAUACAGAAAAUCCAUUACCUGAUCACAACGGAGUGAACAUGAUAGGUGGGAUCAUGGGUAGAAAGAUCAAGGAAGACAUAUCAGAAGUGAAAAUUCCUUUGAGGUGGAUCUAG